UCGUCCGUCGCCUCAAAUUGUUGGAGAUGCGCUUAAGGCGGGCACCGCAACUGGACUCGGCAGCGCGGCGCUCGCUCGCUGCCCGCGGGGUUUGACGGCGCGCAUCAGGAGCGCGACCAACGACCCCAAAUGGUUGUGAUGCUCCUGCAGCAACACAUCCCCAGCCUCGCUGCCCACCCGCACAGCCCCGGCCCCAGCCUCGGCCCCAGCCUUGGACACUCUCCUCUCGGGUCCAACUCGUACGAGAAGGUGGUGCAGCUGGACGCAGUGACCCCCAUCGGGGACACCGGCCUCUACCCGGCGGGCCUCGCCGCUACAAACCCCCUGCCGCCGCAGCCGCCGCCGCCACAGCAGCCGCAGCAGCCGCAGCCGUCGCAGCAACAGCAGCAGCAGCAGCAGCAGCAGCAACACCAGCCGCAGCCGCAGGCGUCAGCCGGGCCGCCGCCGCCGCUGCAGCCGCCGCCGGCGCCGGCGCCGCGCCCCGGGCACCACGCGACGCAUCACUACGACAACCGGGCCAUGCAGUACUACCGCCUGUGGAUCUACACGUGCAACGGCCUGCUCCUCGUGUGCGUGCUGGGCUUCGCCGUGGUCGCCUGCCACACGGUGGUCUUCGACUCGCGCCGCAGCCUCGUGCCGGGCCUCAGCCUGCUGCAGCCCACCUUCCUCUACGGCUACCUGGCCGUGCUCUCCCAGAGCGGCUUCAUCCAGAUGAUAGGCUGUCUGGGGGCGAGGCGGCUCAACCAGAAGCUGCUCAACGUGUACUGGCUGCUGCUGUUCCUGCUGCUGUUCGGCGACGGCAUGGUGGGCAUCGUGUGGCUCUUCCGCUUCGAGUCCAUCUGCGAGGAGCUGCGGCCCUGGCUGCGCCAGCGGCUGCUCCAGGAGUACGGCGGCGACCCGUACUUCACGACCACCUGGGACGCCUACCAGCGCGACAACCGCUGCUGCGGCGUCCAGGGCCCCGCCGACUACUCGGCGCUAAACCGGAGCUACGGCUGGCUGCCCGAGAGUUGCUGCCGAGUGCCGCCGCCUCAUCUCUACCCACAGCCCCCGCGAUCCGCGGCGCUCAGAAACUUCCACCACUACGGCACCACCACGUCCACGCCGUCCACCACCACGGUGGGGCUGGACGACGAGUACCACAUCCUGUCCGCGCUGCCCGAGGGCGACGGCCGCCCGGGGGUGGUGCUGGACGCCGCCGACCUCUACUGCGGCGGUGAGCUGCCGCCCCCGCCGCCGCCCGAGACGCCGCCGCUGCCCGGCCCCGGGGGCGGCGGCGCGAGCAGCACCGUCAGCAGCAGCAGCGUGGGCAGCGGCGGCGCCAGCACGGGUGGCCUGGGCGGCGGCUUCGGCGGCGGCGGCGUCCUGAGCGGCGGCGGCCCCGUCGUGCCCACGGGCGGCGGCCGCAUCAUCACGCACACGGUGCUGAGGCCCACGCCGCCGCCGCCGCCGCGCUACUACCGCACGGGCUGCGAGGAGCGCCUCCUCGUCUGGCUCAAGUCGGCCGCCGACAUGCUCUUCAUCGUCGGCUACUGCAUCCUGGGCUUCGUCAAAGUCUGCUUCCUCGGCAUCCUCAGAUACGAGAUCAAGGAGAUGAUCCAGAAGAUCCGGAUGCUGCAGGGCGACCUGACCGCGCCGCAGCUCAGCUCCCCGGACCAGGACCCGCAAGGCAGGAAGACGCCUCCGCCCGGGCCGCAGGCGCAGCAGGCGCGCUUCUCCAACAACAACGGCUCGCUGGUCACGGGCCGCGGGCCGCAGCAGGACGACUCGCCCGUCAUAGGGAGCUCGCGGACGCCGCAGGAGCGGAGAGGCCGCGCCGACUCGGGCACGACGCCGCUGCUCAUGCAGCCGGGCGAGAGCCUGCAGACGACGCCGCUGCACCAGAACCCCCCACCCCCCACUACCUCCAUGUCCAUGAAGGCCUCCUCCUCGGACGGCCCCGUGCAGCUGCAGCACACGCCCAUGCUGCACCAGCGCCACCACCACCACCACCUGUCGCUGCAGGACGGCGGGCAGGACGACUCGGACACCAACAGCCACUGCGCGCUGCUCAUCUCGGACGAGACGGCGGGCCCCGGUGGGGGGCUGGCCGGCGGCGGCCCCGGCGAGGGCGGCGGCAAGGUCACUCGCCAGGGCUCCAACGGCAACAACAACUACGAGCUCCACGAGCUGCACGACAUCAACCGGGUGCUGCUGGCGCGCAACAGGCACCGCACCGACAUAUGACUACGGCGUUGGUUGGCCGCCUGGUUCCCCCGGGACAACGUGCAGUUCCCGUUCGGGAUCAUAGCGACGGGCCAGGGCCCCGCCAAGGGCGCUGCCAAGCAGGGCAAGGAGAAGGACUAGACCGCCCGGCCGGCUGCCCAGCAGCGGGGCCCACGCGGCCUCGUGGACACUGUCCAGGCGCCUCCGAACAUCUCCGAACAUCUCCCGAACUACUACUGUGUGUGAUCUGGGACAACCCACAAGUGACGAAUGAACGUUGUGCAUGUGAGUGUGCGUGUGUGUUUCUUUUAUAACUUAACAAGACAAUUUCCCUUAGGACGAAAAAAUUAUAUAAAAAAUUGGAAAGAGGCUCAGUUUUUUUUAUAUUGAGCAACGUAGAAAGUGAAGUGUGGACCUCCCUCGGACAGAAUUGUACUGUACCUGAUCUGGAGUUUUGAACUCUUAACGUGAUCAUGAGAAAAAGUGGAACUUUAAGUAAAGUGUUACAAGAACACAGAACAUUCGCAGCUUAGGCAGUGAACUACAAAACUGAAAGAGUACCUCAAGCGCAUUUGUAAUAGGGGAGUGAGGACAUUUUAGGACAUAUUUACCUUCAAAUUCAUUAUCGAAUUUAAAAUAUAUCUCAAAAAGUGUGCCUUUGUUUUUAUCAGAAAGCUUUCCGUAUAGGUAAUUGUUUUCCUUUAUAAUCAUGAUCAAGAGCAAUUUUGUACAUCCAAAUGAUUCGUAUGGUUUCAUUAAAUCCUCUGCCAUAUAAUAGUGACUGAUAUAAAAACAUCAACUGUUUUUGUCCACAAAUCUCAAAUUUUUCUCACAAUGCUGAAGCUUUCGGUCCUUGAUUUCUAGAAAUCAGAGUGCAAACUCAUAAUAAAAAUGAAGCUCAUGACCAUAUUCAUGGUAAAGUUUAAGAGAGAUUUAGACAAAUUACGCGAGCGUUGUAGGACUAACGGAAAAUGUGCAUGUGUGAGUACAAAAAAGUCAACGCCAUUGAAAUUUAAAGACAAUAUAAAUUGCUGCGUGGAUUUGCACAGCAUACCUAAAAAUUACCCCUAAGAAGUCUUCACAACAGACCCUUCCAAUUGUUGCUUGUAAUCAAAUGUACAUAGUGCAAAUAAACAAGGGUGCAUUAUUUCUCUA